CGUAGCUGCGCGUCCGCGCUGCCUGUGCGCAGAGAGACCGGCUGCACCUACGUGCAGUUGCCCCAGCAAGGUCCUGCGCGGCUUGGGGUUUGUGGCCGGCGGCGAUGUCGGCGCUGGAGUGGUUCGCGCACAAGUCCCUGGGCGGAGGCAUCUACUGGAUCCAGGAGCGCUUCUACGAGUCGGGCAACCGGGCCAACAUCUGGCUGGUGCGCGGCUCGCAGCGGGACGUGGUGAUCGACACGGGGCUGGGGCUGCGCAGCCUUCCCGACUACCUGCAGUUGGCUGGGCUCCUGGGCACUGAGCCGGCCCUGGGCGACGCCGAGGGGCAGCGUGGCGGCGAAGCGCAGAAGGAGCCGGCGGGCAGCGGGCGGCGGCCGUUGCUCGCCGUGGCCACUCAUGUGCACUUCGAUCACUCGGGCGGGUUGCACCAGUUCGAGGAGGUGGCCGUGCACAGCGCCGAGGCCGCAGCCCUGCGCCGUGGCGACAACUACGAGGCGGUCACCUGGCUCUCGGACAGCGAGGUGGUGCGGCAGCCCAGCCCCGGCUGGAGCGCCAGGCAGUUCCGAGUGCGGCCCGUCCAGCCGACGCACAUCUUGCAGGAGGGGGAUGUGAUCAGCCUCGGUGACAGACAGCUCACUGUCAUGCACAUGCCUGGCCAUUCAAGAGGAAGCAUUUGUUUGCAUGACAGAGAACGGAAGAUACUAUUCAGUGGGGAUGUAGUCUAUGACGGCUCAAUGAUUGACUGGCUUCCCUACAGCCGGAUAAAUGACUACGUUGCAACCUGCCAGCGACUGAUAGACUUAGUGAAUAGGGGUCUUGUGGAGAAAGUCCUUCCGGGGCAUUUUAACACGUUUGGCGCCGAACGGCUGUAUCGUUUGGCUUCCAACUACAUUUCUAAUGCUGGAGUUUGUCACAAAGUUUCUACCUGUGCUAUGAGAUCGAUUGCAAGUCUAGCACUUCGUGCAACAAAUUCUAGAACAACUUCAUAGUAUCACAUGUCUCCUAAUGUGCUAUCAUAAAACCCAAUAGUGUACGUAAGUUUCUUUAAAGGAAAAAUGGGCUGAUAAGCCAUAAAGAUUCUUAUUUUUAUCUACUUCAUUUCUAUUUUAAAAAAGAUAUGAAAUAAACUAUAUAAGCUAGUAGCCGUGCCAAAGCUACUUGUGUUCCUUCUAUUUUUUCAAGGCAGGUUUGCACAUAAGUUGAGUGCUAUUUGACAGCUGUUCUAAAUACGUUGUUUUGUAUUUUCAAGCAUUUUGAAACAUGAUGUGCUAAAAUGAAAAGUUUUGCACUUGUGUCAGACUUGAGUUAGGGGUUUGUGUUGAAAGUGCAUUUUAAAUGGCCAAAAUUUAUUAUGAGCAGUACUUGUAGGGAGGGGAGAGUUAGAACAUUCCACUGUCUCAUUGAAUGCACUAAGUUAAAGCACCCAAUCAAUUAUUUUUUAUUGUAUGGGGUGAAUGUAAAUGGCAGUUAAUUACCAAAUGUCGAUAUAAAGCACUAUAUCAUAUAUUGUUGCUCUUCUUGAAUUGUGUUGGAUUUUGCUAUUGUUUCCAAAACAAAUGAAAUGUCAGUGAAUAUCUGAAGUAUAUUGCUUGCUCUUUAAAUGUGACUAAUGGUGUAAAUGUGAGUAUGUAUCUGUUCAGAGUUGAGUCUGACCAUUUUAUAUUUAAUACAUACAGUUGUGAUCAUAAUUCCUUUGUUUCUUCAGUACAGCAGCUGCAGAAACACCUCAGCACUAGUGAGUUGCAAAUUGUUUGGUGACUGUUGUGAGUACAAUGAGUCUCAGGAGAACGCAAAUUGACAUUUUGUGGGAGGUGGCUGGCAGAAGCAACAUCUUUUGUGCUCUGGCUGGGUUCUUUUCACAUUACAGGUGUGGGCAGGACUUCAGGUAAAAGUUUUGCCACCACCCAAUGACUUUCUUUCCCAAUUUUGUGCAAUGUUUAUUUGCAAGAAACUUAACACAAGCCCUUAUCAAUUAUUGUUCUUUUUCAACAUAAAAAUCCUGUGAAACUAUCUGGGACAGUGCCACUUUAUUAUGUGAAAGAGGAUUUUGUGUCUUGUAGCUGUGGAGCUGAAAUUAACAUGAUUGUUUGGAACUCAGUAGGAUGGUUGUUAACAGCAGCCCUUGUGAAAACAGUGAAUGGCUUCAGGGUUGUGGUGAUUGCACAAAUGUAUUUUUCAUCUUUUUGAAGCUUGAUUGCAUACUAUUCCCCCUACAUCAAAGAGCACUGCACAUACGGAGAUUGAACCCCACUGUAUUCAGCACUUUAGCCUUGAGCAGUCUUGAGGGUAAAAAGAUGGAUGUAUUCAGUUCCUUAAAUGUUAAGAGUGCCUAUUUCCUGUUGUAGAGGGGAGCAGAACAGUAAGCAGGCUGAUCAGAGCCACCAGUUCAGACAUGCAGUUAGCAAUUCCUUUUAGCUCUAAUCUGAAGCUUGCACCAAACUGAUGGAGACAUAUCUAAUGUUGCAGAUUGCUUCAUUUUGACAGUGAGCUUUAGAAGUAUUGUUUAUAAUAAUGAAAAUCCCAAAUUUAAUACCCUUGAAUACUAGGAAAACAGGCACCAAGCAAGGUACGUUUGAAAACAAAUUGUUGCUCACAGAACAUUAGAAUAAAAAUUAGCAAUUGUAGCUUGCUUCAUGUUGUGGGCUGGUGAGGCCCAUAACCCCUUCAAGGCAGAAUAUAUGCAUGUUUGGAAACAAAAAAAGUCCUACAACUCCCAGCAUCCCUCAGCUAGCCAUGCUGGGAGUUGUGGUCAAGAGAGUAGGAGUGAGUUGCCAGAUCAUGCACUUCUUACCCUACCCCUUCCCUUCUCAAAUAAAGUCAUUCCGCCUGUGUUAACCGCAGUAAGUUUUGUGUCCACAGAAAUAUUAAGCACAGUUAAGGGUAAUCUGGUUCCUGCUUAACCAAUAUUACCAACCAGUUUGGGAAUGGCCUUUGUAAACUGCUAGUGCCUUGUUUGUUCUGCAAAGUUCUAGAUCUCUUAGAUCGAACCAUUACAAAGUGACUUUGUUCUGGAAUACUGCUGAGGCACUAAUGAUGAUUUUACCCAGAGGUAAAGUAGACUCCCUAUUUUAAACCUCUCUUCCUCUCUCUCUCUCCUCCAUGUCAUGAAAAUUCUUUCCCCAAAAGAUUAGACACUUGGUGCAUGGCUCAUUGUGAGGAGAAUUCAACUAAGGAAUACUGUGAUUGCCAAAGAUUAGUCUACACUGAAGAACAGAGUUUCUGCCGUUGGAACAGUUUUUUCGGCUUCUCAAGUGAGCGGAUAGUAGAUGCAACCUGCUGAUUUUUAGACUGAGUGUUUGUGUCCUAUUUCAGUCUAAAUUAACGCUCACAAAGCCAGAUAAGCUGGAAUCAAAAACUAUCUGUUGUUCUUGGGAAAUGUAGUCGGAUAGGAAAGAGAUUUAGCCCAAUUCCUCAGUUCAGUGAGACUUAUUCCCAGUAAGUGUAUUAAGGACUGCAGCUUUAGUGCAAGUUUUCACUUAGAAAUAAGUCAACUUUGAAUUAGAGUUGGUUAGUAAAGUACAAUCCCAGAGUAUGAAUGUUGUUACAUAAUCUAAUCUUGCUGUCUUAAUUAUUUUUAUAUUAUAAAACAAUAAGCAUUUUUGAAAGAAGUUAUUAAAUAUCUUGACCUUAUCAGUAUUUGAGGUGUCUUAUAUAUUUUCACUUUAAACAUUACGGAAUGUGAGGCAUUUACUAUUGAUUUAUUUGUAAAAGAUCUAGACACCCUUAUGGAUUCAAUAUUUGGCUGCUUAUAAUGGCUUAAAACACAGCCGAUAACCUACUUCAGGUAAAGUUCUUCAAGUUAAAGCAAAGUGUAUGUUGUCAAUUCAACAGUUUUUAUUGAACUGGGUCAUGAAUUAUGGUGUAAGAACAGGUUUAAAGGCAUUUUAAAUGUUGUAACACACUGUACUGUCUACUGCUGAAACUUUACUAAUAGUAUAUGCCACUGUUUUCAAGGAAAAUUGUAUAUUAUUUUAUCAUAGAUAUUAAUAAUAAAAAAUUAUGACAAUGAAA